AUGCCGUACCAUUUUUUCUCAUUUUUUUUAUUUUUUAAAACUUACAUGGCUCGAUUGUUGAGAUUAAAAAAUACUUGUGUCCCAUUAAUUUUGUAUUCAAUCUGCGUGUUUCACAACUUGUACUGUUUUUUCGCUAUUUUUUUUUAAGCAUCUGCAUGGCUCCAUUAAAAGUAAAAAAUAAAGAAUGCUCUUAUGAUGCCUGUACUGCCCUAUUUUCACAUACCCCCCUGCACUAACACAUAAUUUUCAUUACAAUACAGGACCACCAAUAUUUAUGUGUGUGUGUGUGUGUGUCCCUCUCUCUCUCUCACUCUCUCUCUCUAGUGGCCAUGAAGUGAAUCCAAAGGCUCAUGAGAAGGAAGGUAUCGAGUGUAACAACGAGCAACACCGUUCCUGCUGCUCGAGAUUGUAGCUCGUUACAUCGGUGCGAGCUCGCACUCGAACAAGAAUUCAGACAUCGCCGGCGAUUCGGAGAUCGUACUAUAUACAUCUCCCCUGUUGAUGGUUGAUCUUCGGGCUCUCUCUGCCGGAGAAUCAGACCAUCGAGGGGAACAUCGGCUUGCCGGAAGUGAGGGAGAAGAUGUCCGCCGGCGUGUUGCAGACGACGGCGGAGGCGCCGCCGGAGAGCGGAGAAUCUCCUCCGCGAUGCCGGUCGAGGAAGACGACAACGACGGUGAUGUCGUCGUGGAAAUGCCGCCGCACGCCCUUCUCUAUCCUUCUCAGGUCCUCGUAUCUCAUCUCCCUCUUCCUCGCCGCUUCGCUGAGCGCAGCUCUCACCAGCCUCUUCGCUAUUCCCUGCAUCACCUCCCCCAGUAAAAACCCUUUUAGAGAGAGAAAGAGAGAGAAGGGGCGACAGCGAACCAGUUUUAGCGAGAGAGAGAGAGAGAGAGAGAGAGAGAGAGAGAGAGAGAGAGAGAGAGAGAGAUUAAUACUCACGGGUCUAGGGUUCUUGAAGACGAUCUCCACGGCGUCCUGAUCGCUCAGCUGCUCCCAGAGGCCGUCGGAGGCGAAGAUGAGGAAGGAAUCGUGGAGGCCGAGCUUCUUCACCCGGAUCGAGGGCUCGGCGCUCAUCACCGGUCUCUUCAGAGGAACUGGGCUGACGAACUGCCGGAACACCGGAUCCCUGCAGAACUCCGGUUUCUUCAGGUACACGUCUCCGAUCGAUCUCGACACCUGAAAGCAAACGGCCGGCGGAGCGUUCUUGUUUGAGACGGUUUCUGAUCUUCUCAGGAAGUAAUUCCAAUAAUAACAUUCAUAGUCGAUCAUCGGUCUUUCAGAAGAUGAACAGAUUAUUCGGUGCAAAGAUAGAACCAGUUAAAUUAUUUGAAGAUCUCAUGGCCGCCGAUUACUAAACUAAUACGAUACUCAGAACCCCGAGUCUCCGCACAGUAGAUGAUUCGAUUAUAUGAAUGUUCUCCACUCAAAAUCAGGAACUCUUGGCUGUUCAUCCAAGUGUUCAGAAGAACAGGAACACCAUCGAUCGAUCAGGAAUAAGAUGCCCUGAUUCGGUAAACCAGUUGAACAUCACGAUCAUCCGUGGAGGAGAAAAAUCAGUAUAACCAGUGAGGUGAAACCCACCCGGAAGAACACUUUUCAGUAUUCACAGAAAAUGAAGAAUUCAGCGAAAUUCCUCCGCAGAUUGUUCCCCAGAGAUUGCAACAUACAGAGAGAGAGAGAGAGAGAGAGAGAGAGAGAGAGAGAGAGAGAGAGAGUUGGGCGUGCACCUGGAUGAUGCCUUUGAUCCGCCAAACGCCUUGAGUGUGAACGACGAUGUGGGAAUCAUCAGGGUGCUGUUGAAGGAGUUCCUUCCUCACUUCCUCCUCGGCAACGUUGUGGUCGUUCGACAGCCGCUCGGCGACGACGGCUCUCCCGUCGGCGACUCGCCGGCCGAGCACCGCCCUCGAAUCCCCCAAAUUGGCAACAUACAGGAUCUCGUCGGUGAUCGCUCCGACGAGGCAGCAGGAUCCCACGGCGGCGAUCUGUGGCUGAGAUAA